CACCGGAACACGUCCUUGCGGUUUCUGCCUCGCGCGCGGUAAGAGGAGGCGGAGGAAGGGAAGAAAAGAGAGAAGCGAUGAGUAUCGUACCGAAGGAGACGAUUGAGGUGAUCGCGCAAAGCAUUGGCAUCGCCAACCUCUCCCCCGAUGUCGCCCUCGCCCUCGCCCCCGAUGUUGAGUACCGCCUCCGUGAGAUCAUGCAGGAGGCGAUCAAGUGCAUGCGCCACUCGAAGAGAACGAUCUUGACGGCGGAUGACGUGGACAGCGCGCUUAGUCUGAGGAAUAUUGAGCCUUUAUAUGGAUUUGCAUCUGGGGAUCCUUUGCGGUUCAAAAGGGCUGUAGGGCACAAGGAUCUGUUUUAUAUUGAUGACAGAGAUGUGGAUUUCAAGGAGGUUAUUGAUGCACCCUUACCCAAAGCACCACUUGAUACUGCUGUUGUGGCACACUGGCUUGCUAUCGAGGGGGUCCAACCUGCGAUUCCAGAAAAUUCUCCUGUUGAAGCAAUUGUAGCCCCAUCUGAAAAUAAGAAGUCUGAUAACAGCAAGGAUGAUGGACUUCAUGUUGAUCUUAAACUUCCUGUUAAGCAUGUAUUGUCUAGAGAACUCCAGCUCUAUUUUGACAAAAUUACUGAGCUUACUGUGACUAGGCCUGAGUCCAUCCUCUUCAAGGAAGCAUUACUGAGUUUGGCAGCGGAUUCAGGAAUUCAUCCAUUAGUUCCAUAUUUUUCGUACUUCAUUGCUGAUGAGGUUGCCCGAAGCUUACAUGAUCUUCCUAUCUUGUUUGCUUUGAUGCGUGUGGUCCGAAGCCUUCUCCAUAAUCCACAUAUUCACAUAGAACCUUAUUUGCAUCAGCUGAUGCCAUCAAUUAUAACAUGUGUGGUUGCCAAAAGGUUAGGGAGUAGAAUAGCUGAUAGCCACUGGGAACUCAGAGACUUCUCUGCAAAUCUAGCUGCAUCAGUGUGCAGAAGAUAUGGUCAUGUGUAUCACAAUCUGCAGUCCCGAUUGACAAAGACACUGAUUAAUGCUUUUCUGGAUCCAUCUAAAGCACUGACACAACAUUACGGUGCCAUUCAAGGCCUUGCUGCACUGGGACCUGGUGUGGUACGUCUUCUAGUUCUGCCUAACCUCGAGCCAUAUUUGCAACUCUUAGAGCCUGAGAUGCAACUGGAAAAGCAGAAGAAUGAGAUGAAGCGGAAAGAAGCUUGGCGAGUAUAUGGUGCCUUACUGUGUGCUGCAGGUAAAUGUUUAUAUGACCGGCUCAAGUUGUUUCCAGGUCUCUUAUCUCCUCCAAAACAUAAAGUUUGGAGGAGUAAUGGAAAAGUUGCAACUAGCACACCGAACAAGCGCAAGCCAAGCACCAUCCACUCUAUGCAGCAGCCACCAUUUAAGAAGAUGGCAGUUGAUGGAGCUAUAGGUACCAUGCAACCGAUUGCCAUGACAACCGGCUCGCAAGGUGCAGAGGACAGAUUUCCUACACAAUCAUCUGGAACCGGUAUGGGGCAAUCGUCUGCUGCAGGGCAGGUAUCGGUCGAGGCAUUCGGAGGUAGAAGAACACCGCCCGGAUCUGCCGUGUUGGCCCAAGCCUGGAAGGAGGAUCUUGAUGCAGGGCAUCUCUUGGCAUCACUGUAUCAGUUAUUUGGUGAGGGCGUGUUGUCAUUCAUUCAGCCGGUGGAGAUGUCUUUCUUUAUCUGAGCCUCUGUUAAAUCAUGAGGGGCUUCUGCCACCGAGAUUGGUGCAUCUGCAACUUUUACAGGAUGACACUCCUUUUAAGGGUGUAGUGAUAUUUAUUUAUAUGGUGAUAGCUGCUCUGCCCUGUUUUGAGAUGAAA